UUUUAAUUAAAAAAUAAGCAUUUAUUUUUAAGAAUCCGCUCCGCCAUGCAAAAUCCUCUUCAAACUCUUCACUCACUGCUAAAAUAAUUCAUUCCAUCCCUUGUCAGUUGUCAGCUUUUCAAUUAUAAGUACCGAACACAAAAAACCCAAAAAAUAAAAGUCGAAAAGAAACAAGAAAAGCAAAUGAAUAAAAAAUUCGCCCAAUUUCUACUCCUAAUAAUCGUCUUCACAAUCGCCACCGCCCGACUAGACCCGACCCGACCCGGUCCCGGCCCAAUCUCCCCCGACGGAGCCCCCAACACGACCCGCCCUCGUCUGCGCGAAAAUCCGGCUCAAUUCCCGGGCCGGAUCCCGAUACCAAGCCCUCGACUCCUCCUCGCCGGGAUCCUCUCCUCCGCCGCCGCCGCGGUCUCCAGCGCCGGCGGAAUCGGCGGCGGCGGCCUCUUCGUGCCGAUUCUCGCCACCGUAGCCGGCCUGGACCUCAAAUCCGCCGCCGCCUACUCGGCGUUCAUGGUCACCGGCGGCUCGAUCGCCGCCGUCGGCCGCCAAUUGCGGGGCUCCCGGCCGAUGAUCGACUACGAGAUCGCGCUGCUGGCAGAGCCGUGCAUGCUGCUCGGCGUCAGCGGCGGCGUGGUGUGCAACGUGGUGUUCCCGGAGUGGCUGAUCACGGCCAUCUUCGCCGUGUUUUUGGCCUUCUGCACGUUCAGGACGUGCGGGUCGGGUUUUGUCUUCUGGAAGCUCGAAUCGGAGCGGGUGGGUCCGUGUGGAAGUACCGAAAAGCCUCUGCUGGAUGGUGGGGAGGUUGAGGGCAAAAUGGGAAUUCCGUGGGUGAAGCUGGGGAUGCUUGUACUUAUAUGGUUAUCCUUUUUUGUCCUCUACUUGCUUCGUGGAAAUCGCUACGGUCAGGGCAUAAUACAAAUAGAGACUUGCGGGACGGGAUACUGGAUAAUUUCAUCGGCUCAAAUUCCUCUAGCGAUCUUCUUCACGAUAUGGAUGCUUCAUAGUAGAAUAAGAACAAAAGUUAUAACUUCUGAAACUUAUCGACAGGUCAAUGUAGAUGAACCCGCGCAUUGUCGAUCUCCGGUUUUCCCUUUAAUGGCUCUAUUAGCCGGGAUUCUUGGGGGCAUUUUCGGAAUUGGAGGGGGAAUGCUCAUAAGUCCACUUCUUCUCCAAAUGGGAAUUGAACCUGAAGUGACAGCAUCAACUUGUUCGUUUAUGGUACUAUUCUCAUCAUCAAUGUCAGCAACUCAAUACUUGUUAUUGGGCAUGGAAGACAUAAGCGGGCCCCUAGCCUUUGCGGCCAUUUGUUUCGUAGCCUCUUGGGCCGGGCUUACGUUAGUUCAACGGGCCAUUUUGAGACAUGGGCGGGCCUCACUCAUAGUGUUCUCGGUUGGUACUGUCAUGGCUCUGAGUACCAUUUUCAUGACUGGUUUUGGGGCUGUGGAUGUAUGGAGAGAUUACAUGAGCGGGAAGAGUAUGGGGUUCAAAAAACCUUGCUGAGUUUUUUCAUUUUCCACUCGUUUUAUUGCACGUAAUUUUGUUAGAGAGUUCGGUUAUUUUGAAACGGGUCACAGUUCAAAUAAACUAAUUCGAGCGGCUCGAGAUAUGUCGUGAAUUACUAAAAUACCCGUUAUAUAAAUAUUACGAUAUUUUAAUAUAUGUACUUAAUGGUAAUUUUACUUGAAAUUUCGGUAGAACUCGAGCUCGUCUUUCGAGCAUUUUGAUUUCAAUAGAUCUUGAGC